AUGGUUACAGGAGAGAAGAGCUCGGUGGGCGCUUCAGAAGACGACCAGGAUAUCAGUUUCUACACGCACAGUAGGGGGCGCUAUAACCUUGCAAGUGCGAGAACCGAGCCCGUUAAAGGAAAAAUAUUGGCAGUUGAACAUAAGAAAGAAAUGACGAUUAGGUUUGAAUCUCCUGUUAACGAGCUAGUAAAGAAGAACGAGGCUAAAGAAUUCUUGAAACUCUUGAAGCAUAGCAAAUUACUAGUGGAUAGCUCUUAUAAAGACAUGUCAAAAUAUAGUGAGAGCAUUCGAUGCUUGUUGGGUAGGCCUUGGAUUCACUCGGCUAGGGUAGUGUCAUCGUCACUACACCAAAAACUGAAGUUGUUAACGGAGGGUCGACUGGUGACGAUAAACGCUGAAGAGGAUGUCAUUACAUCCGUAACUAGUGACAUACUAUACAUAAGAGCAGAUGAUGAGUGGGUAGCUAAUAUAGUUUUCGUCCCUAAGAAACAUGGGAAAGUACGAAUGUGUGUAGACUAUAAGAAUUUAAACAAAGCCAUCCCAAAGGAUAAUUUGCCGUUGCCUCACAUCGACUUCUUAAUUGAUAACAAGCCAGGUUACUCAUUGUUCUCCUUCAUGGAUGGCUUCUCUGGAUACAACCAGAUUAAGAUGCAUUCUGAAGAUACAGAAAAGACUACAUUCAAAACAAUAAAAAAGGGUGCAAUAGUAGACUUCCUAGCCAAUAUAGCUCUAGAAGAUUACGAGCCUUUGAACUUUGAUUUUCUGAAUGAAGAUUUGAUGUAUAUUCCAACCACUGAAAAAGAUGCUUAA